AGCAACAAAAGUCAAUUCAAGGGAGAAAUCCGGUAGAAACAGGUCACAACUGCACACUUUCACUCUUUGCAGGUUAUUUAAAAGUAUCAGUUUUACUUCAUUUUAAAUGUCCCAUAGUGGAAAAGAGAAUUGCAUCAUCACAGAACUCAUUUGUCAAGCGUUAUCUGGAGAGACUGUCAGUUAAAAAUGCAGGUCCGUGCGGGGUGAGCAUGGUGCCGGGUCACUCCCUCACACACGUGACAUGAACAUGUCCACCAGACAAACACACCAUCCUAAACAAGGGAUUUACACUCUCACCUGAUGACACUCAUUAGUCAUGUAUAUUAAUCUGUAAUCACAAAUAGCUAAUUUAACAGAAAUGCAGAUGUUGAGCGGGAUAAACAUGAAAACUAUCAUCUGUAAAACUAUCAUACGUCUCUCAUUCAGAGGCUGGACAAACGUGAGAAACCUCAUCAGAUAUCAGCGGCGUUCACCGGUUAACUUCCUCCCACUCGACAUCUGCAUUCCUGAACCCGUCCAGAGAAACUCACACUCAGACCAUCGCAGCAAAUUCAGCUCGACGCGAGCGCUCAUGCCGUUUCUGACGCUGUAUAAAAACCUGAGACAGAAGAAGAUCUGUACCAUGCAUCUGGUGUCACACUAUGUUGUGAUGUUUUUCUGGAGUGCAGUCUGUGUGAGACCACAGGACCCCACUAAUGCAGCAUCACCACCAUGUAAAUUCAUUCAGCCUAGAGAUGUCCCAUAUACUAAAUGUGUUAUGGAUGUAUAUUAUGGAAGCAAGGACACCAUCUCAAUGCCAUCGAUUGCAGUUACCGAUCCAGUUCCCACUACAGUCUUUACCACAGUCAACAAUCCAACAUCUACAACUAUGGAAUCAAGUACAACGGCACCAAAACCAGCAACAAUCACACCUACAGUACAUCCAUCUCCAAAUUCAAAAGAGGAGACAAAGUUCACAACCAAAACUCCAACACAAAGUCCCAUGAUAGUGGGUGAAACAGUGCUUAAAAAUCAUUCAGACAGACAGAACACAACUGAAUCUACUACCUGCGCCUCUGUCCGGAUGUGUGUGAACACAGAGCUGUAUCUGCACGGUCUGUUAGUGGUGUGUGGCGUCCUGAUGGCGAUCAUGGCCACACUGAGCUUCUGCCUGUAUAAACAGUGUAAGAAACAACCAGUGGAGAACCCAAAUCUAACCAGACUAAUCUCCAUCCCCAAUCCAGCAUUCUCCAACCCAUAAAGAACAAAAGGAGUGGAGGAACUUACUUUAUUCUGCACACAGCUGCACGAGGCCUGGCUUACAGUAAAUACAGCUGUGAAGAGGAAAUUAUUGGAAAAAUGCCCAAAAAUCCUCUCUAUAUAUAAAUCUAUAUAUGAAUUUAUAAAUUUUGUGAUGAAUGU